CUUUUUUCACGAAUUUGAAAUAUAUGAAUGACAGAUUUGUCUGGCGGAAGAAGAUAGAGCAUGAUAUUACUCAAGGCUUGCCUCUUGACGAGUUUUCUGUAAAAGCUGAGAAGAAGAGGCAGAGGGAAAGAAUGGCCGAGGUUGAGAAAGUGAAAAAGAGAAGGGAGGAAAGAGCUCUUGAGAAAGCACGACACGAGGAAGAGAUGGCAUUGUUAGCAAGAGAACGUGCUCGGGCAGAAUUCCAAGACUGGGAGAAGAAAGAAGAAGAGUUCCAUUUUGAUCAAAGCAAAGUUAGGUCAGAGAUCCGGUUACGUGAAGGGCGUACUAAGCCGAUUGAUGUACUCAUUAAACAUCUUGAUCCUUCACAUGAAUUUGAUAUAGAAAUAAAUGAACCAUACAUGGUCUUCAAGGGUUUGAAUGUAAAUGAAAUGGAGGAGCUUCAUGAGGACAUAAAGAUGCACCUUGAUUUGGACAGUGAAACUUCGACUCGUGUACAGUACUGGGAGGUAUUAUCUCCUCUAUUUACAUGUGCAGUAUGAUAUUGUCUUGGAAGAUCUUACUUC